UGAUAUCUAUAAUAGAAGAUAAACUUGAAUAUUUUGUCUCGGAAAUGGCAGUAGGCAAUGGGUAUCAGGAAGUGAACUGUCCUGUCUGUCAAUAUUAAAUUCGUUAAAUAAGUAGUCGCGCAAUAACUAUGGAAGUUGUCGACGAAAUCUGUGAUCUUUUGCAGUCCCAUUCGAAUCGUGAUAAGAUCGUAUCCUUAACAAGUUACGUACUGAAGCUAUGGGGAUCAACGGCCAAACGAAAAGACAUUUUAACUGCAAGCGCGCGCAUUGCCGCGGCCCGCGCCACCUUGCGACUAUUUGAUGACGCGGCUGCACUCAAACUCGCACUAGCCUAUGGACUUGGUAAACAGGAUGGUUCGUUUUGGGGUAGCCUCGGUGUGGCGAACAACGCUUUCACGCUAACAUACCUACAGUGCGAGAAGAUUGUCUGGUUAAUCGACACAGGUGUACUGGUUGUGUCGCCGGACUUUGACUUUAAAGUGAAGACAGCGCAUAAGCUUUUCUGGUCAUUGUCUGCGUUCGUGGGGCUCAUCAGAUCGAUCCGUGGUCUUCAAGCCAGCUCCCAGCUCCUGAAGUCCUCUGAACCACCCAAAUGUGCACCGGCGCGCUUUACACAAGCUUCUCUGGCUACAACUAAGCUUGUACUGGAUGUAGUUCAUGCCGUGAGCUGGCUGCCGGCUGGGUGGCUUUGGGGCGGGAAACUAAGCGCUCAGCAGGCUAGUAUCGUGGCCACUACAUCCGCUGUACUUAGUCUUAUGGCUCACUAUCACGGGAAGAGGUUGCAACCACGCUAAAUUAAUUAUAAACAAAAAAUAACAAUUCUGUACAUUAUGUUGCGAUUUGUAGAAAGCAAUAUUGCUAAGUAGGUAACCGAUCGUAAAAUACGAAAUAUUUCAAGAAAUGUAAUUAGAUUAGAAUAAUAUGUGCAUAGGUUAAUAAUUAAUUGGGUUUACGUAAUUAUGUCCUAAAAAUGUCCUGUAUGUUUUUGGUCAAAAUAGUAAAACUUCGGCGUUGAAUUAUCUAUAUUUUUAGAGAUAUCUCUACAUAUUUUGCAACACAAAAAAGAAAUGUAAAAAGUUUCGUCAAAAUCGGACGUAUUAUUUAGUUACGAAUGCGAUAAACACACAAAGAAUCCUCCUAUGUAUUCUUCAAGAUUAAAAUCGAACUAAAUAUUUUAAAUUAUUUAUAAAUUUCGAUUAAUUGAAUUUUGAAGUUUUUCAAAGUAGGUUCAGUUGAGAUUACCGGGGGGCAGAUAAGAUUCAAGUGUAAACUUUACAGCCCAUAAAACUUGGAUAGUAACGACGCAGUCGCUGAAAACAUUAAAACUUAAGUUUUUCCUAUCUUAUGAUAGUGACGUCCGAGAUAGAUUUCAGGGUGAUAAGCGUGUCAGAUGGAUAGGCACGUGUCGAAGAUAGAGUUGAACAUCAAACAUGUGAUGAAUGAGAAUUGAGCAUAGAACAAAACAAUUUAGAUAAUCUAGUUCCUAUUUUGUUACGUAAAAUAGCAUGUACAUACAUAGCAGGGCUGUCCAGAUUACAGACGUUUAUGGUCAGAAAAAUUACAACAUGAACUGACUGGUUCUGUAUAAUAAAUUUUAAUGGACACAAAACCUACGGAUAUUUCCCAUAAACUCUAUAUGUAUUUUAUACACAUUAUUUUAUUUUAUAAAUUUGAUUGUGUUACGGCUUUGGAAUACAUUCCGCGAGCCGCAAAGAUAUGAGACGAGAGUUGUCAUUUGGGCAGCCCUGAUCCGUAAUACUAAUUGGUUGUUUGUUGAUAGGAUAAAUGCUUUUUGUUUAGACGAGUACAACAGAUAUUAAGAACAAUUGUCGGAGUAACGUUUUUGCACUCGAAGCUAAUAGAGGUCCGGCUCCCCGGUAACCGUACUCGUCGAACUCGACAAAGAGGUCGACGUGCAACCUAACCCUUGCAUCAGCCCGCUGAGUUUAUCGCCGGAUCUUCUCAGUGGGUCGCGAUUCCGAUCCGGUAGUAGAUUCAUUCGCGAAGCAGUUGCUCUCGAGUUGUUAGGUCUCCUUCGGAGGCGCUCGGGCAGCUGUUAGCAAAUUCCACCCCUCCUGGCUGAGCCUUUGCUGUCUUUGCGCCCACCUGUCCUGGUGAAACUGGAAAGGCCUCCGGGCUACCAGCAAUACUUCAAUUAUAAAAAAAAAAUAUAGAUACCCGGCAGAAAUCGAACUGAUUUAGUGCGUCAAGCAAAUAUUCCACUUCUGUCCGUUGUCUUCACCAAAAAUAAAUGUUUGAUGUAUUAUUUAAUAUACCAUAUCUGCCAAACAUAUAUGUUUGCUUAUUAAAUUGAAUAGAGAAAACAAAAAACAAAUAACAUUUGUAUUUUUGGCACAUGUGAAAUCAUUUACGUUUUAAACUCUCGUCUAUCUGCAUCAUCAAACAUGAUUGUUUAACGAUUUCUCACGAUUUGAUAAACUAGUUAAAGGUGUAUUAAAAAAACAAGGCGGUUUUUAGGUGUUCUGGGAUAAGCGCGAUCUUUGCCAGUUUUGUGUUUUUCCCUACCUAUGCUGAAAGUCUUGAGAGGCUAUUUCAGUUUCUCCUUGGUACGUAGGUAAGCUCGCGGGGCUCAAACAGGGUCUGUUGCUAAUAUUGGCCCUAGCAAGAACCGUGCUUCGCAGAAUCUACCACCGAAUCGGAAACGCGACCCACUGAGAAGAUGCGGCGAGAAACUCAGUGGGCUACUUUGUCGGGGCGAGUCAUAGAGUCCCAGUGGUAACUCAUAAAAUGGACUAAACACAGGGCGGAUUGAUUAGUCUGCUUCUAGCAUCCCGCUGUGUCAGUCUACCUGUCGAUGGCGGUACUUUAAGCACACCGAAAUUUCGAGAACGCAUUGAAUGUGAAAAUUGUUUUAUAAUUAAUUAAUUGUGACUAAUUAUAUAUCCGUUCUAUUAUUUUCAUGUUAAAAACACUUUAAUGCUAAUGCUUUAACGUCAAUUAGCGUUAAUAAAGAAAAAGUAUUACUUAGUUUAAAAAUGUUAAUUAUAAUCAUUUAUUUAAUAUUAAAUUGAAAAAACGUGUAUAUAAAA